CAGCCGAGCCGAUCCCCAGCUCUCAAACGAACCGACGGCCGCGAUCGUCCCUCGGAACCAGAGAGCCGCGACCGCGCCGUCCGAUCGAGACAUCACGUACGGGAUGGAAACAAUAAAGGAGCCGCAUCAUCGCGACGCGUCAUUUCCGUCGGGCUUCGAGUUCGAAUAGCGUCCCGAUACGUGGAGGGACCGCGAUCGCCGUCGCCGCCGCCGUCGCCGCCGUCGCCGGCGCGGUCUCCGAAGCGCCCCCUGAACGGACGCCAUAAAAGGAGACCUUCCGGUUCUCGCACGACGAGCGAGCGAGAGAGAGUGUGUGUGGAGCGCCAUGAAGAGGAAACCGAAGGUCGCGAAGGCUGGAGAGAAGGCUCAGCCGGUUGGAAGCGGAAUUGUCCCUGAGAGGAAUGAAGAGUUGCCGCCUGAAGGUACAAAAUCGCCACCAAAUGGACUACAAACGCAGUCUGCAAAUCCAAAUCCUUUGCUUGAAAAAGCGGAACCAAUGCCACAGAGUGCAGACCCUUCUGUGGAAAAAACAUCAAAGCCUAAAAGGAAAGCACCUGCCAGCUUGUCGACCUAUAAGAAGUCUAGAGAGGAGUACGGUUCGAUCCGCCGAUCUGGACGUCUUCAAAAUGCUGUGGUUCCCGCUAGGUGUAAGGACAUAGGACCUGUUUUUGAAGAUAUAACUGCCAUUGACAGUGAGAACGAAGAUGGGUCACCUUUACCUGAAGAAGAUCCAUUGCAAAAGCAAAGCUUGAGUGAAAUGAGUUUGGAGGCAAAAGUCAAUUACCUGCUCAAACAAGUGGAACUGCUAGCAAGUUUCAUGGUUCCUUCCAAUUCUAAGGUGGCUGGGGAUUUUUUCCCGAGUGGAAGUGCUUCCAAUGCAGAUCCUAAAUACAAAAUUUUGCAUAUGGAUUGUGAUAAGAAGAUUGAAGCCCUGCUACAUGAGAAUCAUCUCCUUACCGUGAAGCUAGAAAAUGCUGUCAGCAAACUUGAAAUGUAUGAGCAAGGGAACCGCAUAUUCAGCGAAGUAUUGGACAAACUGAAACAAAUGGUCGUGCUAUUCGAUCUGACUAAACCUGCUGAAACAGUUGCUCAUGGAAAGCAAACCACGCGGAAUGGUUCUUUUUCUCCAGGUGCAGUGGGGAAUGCUACUUCUCCAAACAUGCGUGAUGGUUCUUUCUCUCCGGAUGCAGUUGGAAAUACUGCUUCUCCCAAGAGAGGAAGAGGAAGAGAUCGAUAGAUGAAACCAAGAAGAGCUGAGUUUCUCAAAGGCAUGCCAAGCCAAAAAUAAAAGAAGAAAAGAGUUCCUCAAUGGCAUUAGGUUUUUCCUUCGUUAGCAUGUCGGUUAACUGACUAUAGUACCUCACAUUAGAUCCUGACUCUAUCAGAGCGCAACUCGGUUUCUAGUUGAGAUCUCUUUUAGCUUUUUGGCUGGUUUUGUUCAUGGUACGUGCAUUGUUGAGGCAUCUUGUGCAUCCGCCCUUUCGCUCAGUUUCUAGUUGAAGUCUCUCUUUAGCUUUCUAGUUGGUUUUGUCUAAAAAGCAACUUGAGUGGAUUGGCGUUUCAAGACUCUUUCAGAAGUAAUGCAAUCGUUGAACUUCAGUGGCAA